AUGUCAGCCUUGAAAUUCGUUCGAUCAGUCUGGGAAGCCUUUCGGGCCAAUUCUGGCCUCGAGCCGAGACUGCUGGAUGGGAUCCGUGUCACAGCAGCUUCACCAGGAAAGGUUCAUUUUGAGCUUCCAAUCCAAAAACAGCACACUAAUCGUCUGGGCGUACUCCAUGGCGGUACUAUUGCCUCGAUGGUGGACCUGGGCGGCUCACUGGCUCUUGCAUCACGAGGCCUCUUCUCUACCGGCGUCUCCACUGAUCUGAAUGUGACGUAUCUCAGUUCAGGGGGGAAGAUUGGAGAUCUGAUCAAAGGAGAGGCUGUCUGUGACAAGUUUGGCAAGACUCUUGCCUACACGUCGAUCAAGUUCCUCAACAAGGACAAAGAAAUCGUUGCGAGAGGUAGUCAUACCAAGUUUGUGGCCCUCGCUCAGAAAGAUCCACAGAACAUUGUAGAAGUGCUGGAACCAGGAAAACCAGAAACCCCAGGGUCAAGUUAG